CAAGAAACGGUCCUCCUGGGAAUUUCCUACAAUCAUCUCCCUGCAAUUUCACGGGGUGCAUACCAUCAUGGACCGGGACUUUUCCGCCAUCCCCGUCGUCGAUUGGCAGCGGCUGCAGGACCCUGGCACUAAACCGCAUGCUCUCGCGCAAUUACGCGACGCCAUCUUCCAGGUCGGAUUCCUCUACCUGACCAACCACGGCCUGGAAGAUCUCAUUCGGCGCGCCCAUGCCCAAUUACCCGAGCUGUUCGAUCUCCCCGACAAGGUCAAGGAGCGAUGCAACAUGCUCAACUCGCCCUCGUUCGUGGGAUAUACUCGUCUGGGGGCCGAGACGACCGCAUCCAAGACGGACUGGCGGGAGCAAUAUGAUUUCGGAACCCCCGGCAUGAAGCGGUGGACCCCUCAGGACCCAUUCUGGCAGAGGCUCGAAGGGGACAGCCAGUACCCCGACCACCCGGGCGCCAAAGACCUCGUCGAAGAAUACAUCCGCGAAUCGGCCUCGUUGUCGCGGCGGUUCAUGCGCGCCGUGUCAGAAUGCCUCUCGCUGCCUCUGACAACCUUUGAGUCCUUCAAGGGCAACAUGGACCGGUUGAAAUUCAUCAAGUAUCCUCCCGCCGCGCCAGGAUCCCAAGGCGUUGGACCACACAAGGACUCCACCGGACUGUUUACCUUCCUGUCGCAGGACGACACCGGUGGGCUACAGGUGCUCAACAAGAAGGGCGAAUGGAUCGAUGCCCCGCCCAUCAAAGGUAGCCUGGUGGUGAACAUCCAGCAGGGAUUCGAAGCCAUCACGGGAGGCAUCUGCACGGCCACGACGCACCGCGUGAUGGCUCCGGUGAACACAACAAGAUACAGUAUUCCGUUCUUCCUGGGCGUGCGGAUGGAUCUCACGCUGGCGGAGUUGAAGGAAUCCGCCAAACAUAUUGUCGAGCGCAUCCCGGCGAGUGAUGAUCGGAAGAAGAGGGCUGUCGACGUGCCCAGCGAGUUCCUGUCGCCGUUGUACUCUUGCUUUGGCGAAGCAUACCUGCGGAACCGCAUCCUCAGCCACCCGGAUGUGGGACAGAAAUGGUAUCCAGAAUUAUACCAGCGGUAUUCCACGGAGAUACUACAAUGAGGCUAUGACUAACGAUAUGACUGUCUCCGAUGGUGGGUUUGUAGCUGACCUUUUCUACGACUGAUUCUAUAACCACAGUGCUUGAUAUGCAGAUAGCUACAACAUCUCAAUAGCUAAACCAUGGUUUGAAAGAAC